CCCAAGAAAAAGUUUGCAAUAUCAUUGUAAAAUUGCACGUCUCGUACAGGUGCAAUACGCCCGCAAGACGAGGAAAAUUAAAAUCACAUAAACUGCACGUUGUGUGCACGUGGGACAUUCGUCCCAAAUGAAUUGUGUCCUUUGGAGUGUGACGGAGCGAUUGAAAUGACAACGACGUCGUUAUGGAAAAGAAGGCGAAUCAUUUUGUUCGUUUGCUUGCCAAAAAGCUCAACGAAAAGGAACAUGAACAAUCAAGAGUCCCUACUGACAUUGCUACAGUCAAACAAACAUUCAGGAAUGCCUUGAACGACCUGCCUAAAAGUCCACUAAAGUCUGAACUACAAGGGAAAGCAGCGACGUACUCAAGAAAGCUAGAAGCGUUGACGAAAAAUGGAAGAAGUGGAAACACGAAAAGCAUUAAUAAGGGCCAGAAGGUACAACAUGAAAGUGGUGAGCCUACAAUGCGUCAGGACGACAAAGACUUGGUCACAAAUGAUCUGAGAUCAUCACAGAUGAGACGAGAAGAAGCUCGUGCUCCAUCCAGCCCGAAAAGAAGCAAGAAGCCGCCUCGGAAAUGCAGUCCAAACGCCCACUCGAGUGACUCUGCUGCCAAGGAUGAUGGAAGCGAUGAAGAAAGGACAGACGAUACGGUUGCCAUGGCAACACAAUCUGUCAGCAAGAUGGACGUUACAAGCCAACAUGAGCCGGAUGGCGCCUCGGCCAGUCAGAGCUCGUCGUUUGCAUACAAUGUUUGUGCAAAAGACGCGAAGAGCAGAGUCCUAGAAUCGCUCGCCCAACUUCCCUCGGAGGAAAGGCAGAGGCUGGCACCCCAUGCCUAUGCCUGCCUCUGCAGUUCCAACAGUUUCAGCGAGUUCCUGCAUUCACUUCAACCAGAUGACAAACUGAGAACAACAUCAGACACAAUGGGCCUGCUGCAGCAGGAAGUUCUGGCCGGUCUUGGCACGUCAGAUGCCAAGGUGUUGAUCCGCACAAUGGCGGACUGCCUGAGUGGAGUCAUUUUGGAGGCAGACAAAGUUCUUGAAACCAAAGAUUCUAGCAGGUUGAUGGAGUUGCAAGGGUUUAUACUGAACUUCUUGCAGUGGGCCAAGAUGCAGCACGAAUUCCACGGGCAGAAACGAGACAAGCAGUCCCAAUCCUUGACCAACUUUGAAGACUUGAUGGCAGCCAUUUUAUCCAUCUACGUGGACAUCAGCAUUGUCUUAUCAAGAAAUAAUCCUGACACUGCAGAGGCCGAAGGCAGAAGCACCUUGUCUAAGAUCCUCCUCCUCAUUGGUCAGUCGCCAAUCCAACAACUCAACCUUCUUCUUCAAGUCACUCAGCCGUCGGCCCGGGACUGCCGUUUCAUGAUGCCUAUUUACAAGCAGAUGCUGAUGGCCAAACCUAGCGUCAUGACCAACGAGGCCUUCAUCAAGUACGUCUGCGCUGUCCGGUUCAGCCGGCAGGUUCUCCGAGAGCAGACAGAGCCAGCCGUUCAAGACGUCUUACGGGAUAUCUCAAAUGUUGCUGCGACGGCCGAGCCGUCCAUAGAAUUUCUCCAGUGGCUGUACAGCGUGGCCCCCGAUGCCUACAGUAGCCUGCCCGACUCGGUCAAGAGCACUGCGUCCCUGCUGGUCAAGUAUCUGACUGAGCAAGCGUCCAGAGACUACCUGGACAAGUUGCUGGAUAUUGUGUGCGAUGAAGAGAACGAAAGCCAGACCCUGUCUUAUAAAGACGGCCGGGGCGAUCAGAGUCUGCCGGUUACCAACAGCCACGCCAACCAGGCAGAUAUACUAGAGACAGAGGGACUGUUCUUUAAGGAUACCAGCCGAGAUGAAGACCUGGCUCAGCAAGUCAACUCUGAUCCGGAGUCUGUUGAUGCAUUACACAGCAGGCUUGACGAGCUCAUCGAGGGCAUCGACCAAGAGGACACUAGUGAAGAUGAUGAGAAUGAAGAAGAUGUAGUUGUGAAACCCUCAAACACCAAAGCUAGGAGCAAAUUCAGCUCCAUCAGAAAUGGCGGUGAUGGAAAUCUCACACCGUCGGAUAGUGAUGAUCAAAGCGACUACGAUGAAGUCGACAUGGACUUGAGUGGCACCACUUCGGAGCAAACCGUUCCCGAAUCUCUGAGCUUUGAGGAGCAGCGGUACAUGUUGAAGUCAGAGACACAGAAAGCGACUGAUGCCAGUGGCGCGGCCAAAAGCGACGUAGGAAGUACUCAGAGGAGGCGUGGGAAAUCAAGAAGUCAGAAGACCCUGUCGCUGAGUUCAAAAGGAGACGAAGAGGAUGUCAUAGUCAUCCCAGAGACCCAAGGCUACCAGCAGGAAACAGAGUCAGACCGAGAGAGCUUCACCACGGCCAAGGAUAACUUGGACUCGACCAGGGAGUCCAUUGUCAUCGACGUGGAUGAUGAGAUUACUUUUAAAGUCAAGGCCUCACGUCAUAAGGCUGAGGAGGAUGGAGAAGUAGCGGAGGAGGAUGCGGGAGAGGAGGAAGAAGAAAUGGAUGACGAAGAUGAGAUCCAUCUCAUUGAAAACGAAGCUGAUGAUGAUGACCAAGAUGAAGAAAAUGACAGCGGGAAAGGGAAGGAUACUUCAGGACAGUCUUGUUCUGAGACUUCCCCAUUGAAAGCUCAGACAAGACGUUUGCACACUUCCCAGGAAUCUGGGAAGACGUCAAGCAAGAAACAGGAGCAGGUAUCAGAUGAGUCCAAUGGGGGUCACAAGGGCAUGAAUCUCAGGUCCAUGAGCAACGCCCGCAGUCAGUCCAGCCUCCUGAGGUUCUUCACCCCCAUCAGCCGGAACAACGAGGACAGCGACAGUGACUCCCAGCCAACUCGAGGCACCGAAUCUGGAAAGCAUUCCCAGACUGAUGAUGUUGAAGUAGUCCCUGAUUCCUGCAGCUCAGCCGACAAUGAAACAAGGAGUACUAAAACUGAUAAUGGCACGUUUGCCACUCCACGACGGGCCAAAAACUUAGAUUCGCUGCAAGGAGUCGGCACUGACUCCAACCCAGAGGAAUCUGCAGAUGCCUCACAACCUAGAGAAAAGAAGAAUACAGCGCCAGCUACAAAGAAACAGAACAGGCUGUCUAGGUCGGCAAGGAAAACAGGCAGUGCGAGAAAACGGAUGAUUACCUCUAGCGACAGUGAUGAAGAGCCUGCUAGACUUCCCUCGCCAGUCUUCAGACGAUCCAAGGCUGGCAAACAGGCCUCUAAGACUUCUGAGCAGAUGACUGCUUCUGUUGAGGAUGCAGUUUCUAAAGACAAUAGACAGAUGCAGAAGGAAUGUGAAACAGCAUCUUCCGAUCUCCAGCAUCCCAUAGACACAGAGGAAUCUACACAUGCUUCACAACCUAGAGAAGAGAAGGAUACAACACCGGGUUUGAAGAAGCACAGCAGGCUGUCUGGGUCGGUAAGGAAAGUAGGCAGUGUUAGAAAACGGAUGGUUACCUCUAGCGACAGCGACAAGGAGCCUGCUAUACCUCACUCGCCAGUCUUUAGACAGUCCAAGACUAGCAAGCAGGCCUCAAAGACUUCGGAGCAGAAGACCCCAGCUGUUCAGGAUGCGGUUUCUGAAGGUAUCAGGCGCAUCCGCGAGGAGUGCGCUACUACAUCUUUAGAUCUCGGGCAGCCCUUAGUCACCAGGUCAGCAUCGAAGAAGAAACAACCAAAGCGUAAAUCGCUGACGAUCACAGGAGGCAUUAAGACUAGGAGCCUGGCAGUCAGCACCCCACGACAGCCCACCAAGGGAGCACAAAGCUCCACCCCUGCCGAGAAGACUGCCUCCAAGUCGGCAGAGAAGCGGCAAGGGGUGUCGCCCUUGAGCCCCUCCAAGGUCAAGCGGGCAGCAACAUUUGGAGACACCUAUCGCAUUCUCGCGGGCAUCUCAGCGGACAGCCAGACGGAUCCCGGUUCCUUACCUGCCUCCCAAUCUCAGAAGACGUCCUCAAAGAUGCCACGUCUGCAGCCCAAGGCACUGGAGGAGAUGUUUGAUAAGGACACGCCGUCUGGCCGGAAGCAAAGUGCCAAGAAACAGACGGCUGACGUCCAAGUAAUCUCUGGCUCCUCCCAGGAAAGUACUAAAUCAAAAAACGACAGCCCGACCGAAAGGAUCAGCAAGAAAACUGUCGCCAGAACACCCAAAUCAUCACAAGAGAGCUCAGUUUCAACACAAGCAAAACGGCUGAAGAAAGCUAAGAGUACCAAUGACAGUAACUCACCCAAAGCUGCGCUGAAGCGGAGAGCUUCCCUUCCUUCCAAAGAAGCAAUGAAAAGUACAAAGAUGAAAAGGAAAUCCACGGGAACCAAGACAUAAAACAAGCCUCUGUUUUUUAUUCAGCCACUUUCAAGUUUUAAUCCUUACAUUUCUUAUGUAAGUGUUUGUCUUGCGAGAAGUUUCAUGUUUUUAACUUGCAUUGUAAAGUUGCAUUUCAAGUGCUGUAUUUCUCUUUAUAUUUUUUAACCAUAAAGGUAAAAAAAAGGCCAAAAAAUCAAGUUCGUAAUAAUUGUAAUGAGGCCAAAUCCAAUGAGAUCGAGUAAAAGAUCAUUAGGGUCACCGUACAUAUUUAUUAGUUUUGAAAUGGAAACAAAAUAUAGAUAUUUAUCUUUGGAUUAAAUUAUACAGAUGGCUGAAAUCAUCAUUUGUGUGAUCCAAAAUAAUUGUUGUGAUUAUGACAACUUUGUCUACCCAGUCUGAACAUUUGAUUGACGAUAAUUCAUUUAAUUGUCCCGAAUUACCUUCUUAAAACUUGGAAUUUUUUGUUGAACACAUAGAAAAGUACAAUGUAGUUCUCAAUGCAUUAAGACCAAUCUGGAACCGCUAAUACUCUACACGCAUGGAGGCCCCCUUCAAUGGCAUAAGCAUUGUGUUAGCUAUUGUUCAGAUAGUCUGUCAUGGGACAGAUGUUUGGUACAAUAGCUUGCUUUUAGUGCUUUCGCCAUUGAUAGGGGCCUCCGUGAAUUUACAGUGACAGCAAGCUGGGUUUGGUCUGCAUUGACUACCCUUUCAUCUUGAUUAAAAUAUUUGCCACAGUUCAAAGAAA